UCUCUUGGUGAAGGAAGAAUCAAGCAUGGCUCAAGCUUCUUUUAUUUGCCUUCUCCUAAGUUUUUCCAUCAUAAUUCUUUCUAAUGCAGCCGACAUAAGCAUAGACUGUGGAUCAUCAAGCUCGCACAUUGACGCAGACAACAGAACGUGGGUGGGAGACACAGACUUUGUUACCACCGGUUUGACGUCUAAAUUUGUACUAAUAUCCAAAUUCUCUGAUUCUCUAACCACACUCCGGUAUUUUCCUACGGGAGAGACCAACUGUUACACCAACAUUCCGGUGGAUAAAGGUGGGAAAGUCUUAGUUAGAACGAGAUUCCUCUAUGGUGAUUAUGAUGGAGAAUCCAAGGCUCCCAAAUUCGAUGUAGUGUAUGAUGGUAAACAUCGAGACUCGGUCGUCACAACGACAUUUGAAAGAGUUACUCAAUCGGAGGCGAUAUUUAUUCCUGAAAACGGGAAUAUCAGUGUUUGCUUUUUCCGUACGCUUUCGAGCGAACACCCUUUUGUGUCCACCAUUGAAGUACGAAGGUUGGACGACUCUAUGUACACCGAUCUUGGCCCUAAGGAAGGUUUCAUCCUCCAGCAAAGGACCGCCUACGGUGCGCAGGAAUUAGUUAGGUCCCCAUAUGAUCCUUAUGAUAGAAUAUGGCUGCCAGCAACGGUUUUUGCCUCACAUCUAACAAGUUCUGCCACUUCUAUCAACACAACAGGAGCUGACAAUCGACCACCAGAGAUUGUCCUUCGGACUUCUUGGUCGAAGACUGACAUGGCGUUCUAUGAUAUAAAGCUACCUUUUUCUGGAGUGACAUUUUACAUUGUCAUUUAUUUCUCGGAACCACUAAGCCUUGGUUCUGACCAAAAGCGGUCUUUCAACGUUUACUAUGAUCAGGACAAGCAAGUGGGUUCAAAUCUAAUUGUGCCACCUUUUGGGGCAGUGACGCAAGCUUCUUUGAGGGGUGUGGGGAAGAGUGCGCUUCCCUAUCUGACAUUUAAAGCUACACCAGACUCGAAUUUGAACCCACUCAUCAACGCUCUCGAGCUCUAUGUCAUUAGUAAUAGUGGUGGAAGUGGAAACGGGACGAAUUCAACAAGCACGAGCGGUGGUGGCAGCCCUAGCCCUGGUGGUGGUGGUAGCAGCCCAAACACUGGCGGUGGUGGUGGCAGCCCCCCUAGCAACACUGGCGGUGGUGGUGGAGGCAAAUCCGGGAAGUCCGAAGGAGAGAAAAGCAGCAGCUUAGCUUUACCUCUUGGUAUAUCAUUCCCGUCGUUGUUGGUUCUUGGAGCUGGUGGUUGGGGUGCCUGGAAAUAUUUCAUCAAACCUAGGCGCCACCCCGAAUCAGAAAGCAGAGUCCUCCAUUUCCGCCGCUCCCGUUUCAGCCACACACCGUCGUCUUCGUCUCGUUAUCGUACUCUCGUAGCUCAAUUCGGGUUCAGACCAGGUUCGUUUCCUGACCUAGGUGACUCUCUCGAUUUCAUCAAGGACCAUGCCGAGAAUCUCCUGUACACGAUCGCUGAUGCCGCCGUUUCGUCCUCUGAAACCUUUGAAUCUGUCGCUGGCACUACUAACACCACAAACCAGAACAAUGAUUGGUUCUCUGGUAUUGCUAAUUACAUGGAAACUAUUCUCAAGGUUUUGAAAGAUGGGUUAUCAACUGUACAUGUUCCUUAUUCCUAUGGUUUCGCUAUCAUUCUAUUGACUGUGCUUGUUAAGGCUGCUACGUUCCCAUUGACGAAAAAGCAGGUUGAAUCUGCCAUGGCAAUGAAAUCUUUGACGCCUCAAAUAAAGGCUAUUCAGGAACGGUAUGCCGGUGAUCAGGAGAGAAUUCAGCUUGAAACUGCCAGAUUGUAUAAACUUGCUGGAAUAAAUCCCCUUGCAGGCUGCCUCCCCACACUAGCCACAAUACCAGUCUGGAUUGGGCUGUAUAGAGCCCUCUCAAAUGUUGCCGAUGAGGGGCUCUUAACGGAAGGUUUUUUCUGGAUACCUUCUCUUGCUGGUCCUACAACUGUUGCUGCAAGACAGAAUGGCAGUGGAAUCUCAUGGCUGUUUCCUUUCAUUGAGGGACACCCACCUCUCGGAUGGCCAGACACAUUAGCAUAUCUUGUCUUACCUCUAUUGCUCGUCUUCUCUCAGUACCUAUCCAUUCAGAUUAUGCAGUCUUCGCAGAGUAAUGAUCCAGCCAUGAAGAGCUCACAAGCAGUGACAAAGCUUCUUCCACUGAUGAUUGGCUAUUUUGCACUCUCAGUUCCUUCUGGUUUAAGUCUUUAUUGGCUGACCAACAACAUUUUGAGCACGGCACAGCAAGUAUGGCUUCAAAAAUAUGGUGGUGCUAAGAAUCCAGUUGAGAAAUUCACUAAUUUGGUCACUAAGGAAGAUAAAACACAAAAAAUUGAGAAGUCUAUUUCAGAGCCACUAGUUCAAAAGUCUGUUUCAGAACUGAAAAUACCAAGAGAGAAGGGUGGUGAAAAGGUGACCUCAGAAGGCCCUAAACCUGGUGAAAGGUUUAGGCUUCUCAAAGAGCAAGAAGCAAAGAGACGUCGAGAAAAAGAAGAGAGGCAGAAAGCUGAAGCAGCUCUAUCAAAUCAUAAUACAAACAAAGCACAUGAACAAGAUGGAAAACCUGAUACAGCCAUUGUCGCUGGAGAUAAUGGAGAGAUAGAACUUUCUGCUGCGGAAGAAACAUCCGAUGGCACCGUAGCUGUGAAUGGGAAGCCAUCUAAGGAGAAGACUACGAAUGGGACAUUUGGCAUUGGCCAUGAUACAGAACAACAGCAUUCUCAUGAUACAUAGAAGAGGAACACUCCUGGCGAAGCCCAACACACAAAGAGGAAUUGAUAUUUGAAUAAGACAGAGGAGGAAUCUCGGUAAUCAGUCCUUUUAGCCCCUCUGCAACAGAGUUCGAAGUUUAUAGAUCUUAAGAGUGCGAAACAUUAGUCAUUA